AUGGAAAAUCUACAGACAAAUUUCUCCUUGGUUCAGAGCGCAAGUAAAAAACUGAAGGGGAUGGGAGAUGAUGGCAGUCCUCCAGUGAAAAAAAUGAUGACAGACAUUCAUGUAAAUGGAAAAAUGCUGGUAAAUAAUGUGCCAACAGUAAAGAAGGAACACUUGGAUGAUUAUGGAGAAGCGCCAAUGGAAACGGAUGGAGAGCAUGUCAAGCGAACCUCUGCCUCUGUGCCUGAACCUUUAAAUUUAAAUCCCAGUUUGAAACACACAUUGGCACAAUUCCAUUUAAGUAGUCAGAGUUCACUGGGUGGACCAGCAGCAUUUUCCGCUCGGUAUUCCCAAGAAAGCAUGUCACCUACUGUAUUUUUGCCACUUCCAUCUCCUCAAGUUCUUCCUGGCCCACUACUCAUCCCUUCAGAUAGCUCCACAGAACUCACCCAGACUGUGUUGGAGGGGGAGUCUAUUUCUUGUUUUCAAGUUGGAGGAGAAAAGAGACUCUGUUUGCCCCAAGUCUUAAAUUCUGUACUCCGAGAAUUUUCACUCCAGCAAAUAAAUACAGUGUGUGAUGAACUGUACAUAUAUUGUUCAAGGUGUACUUCAGACCAGCUUCAUAUUUUAAAGGUCUUGGGAAUACUUCCAUUCAACGCUCCAUCCUGUGGGCUCAUCACAUUGACUGAUGCACAAAGACUAUGUAAUGCAUUAUUGCGGCCACGCACUUUUCCUCAAAAUGGUAGCAUGCUUCCUGCUAAAAAUUCAUUGGCCCAGUUAAAGGAAACUGGCAGUGCCUUUGAAGUGGAACAUGAAUGCUUGGGCAAAUGUCAAGGUCUCUUUGCACCCCAGUUUUAUAUUCAGCCUGAUGCUCCUUGUAUUCAGUGUCUGGAAUGCUGUGGAAUGUUUGCACCCCAAACAUUUGUGAUGCAUUCUCACAGAUCACCUGACAAAAGGACUUGCCACUGGGGCUUUGAAUCGGCUAAAUGGCAUUGCUAUCUUCAUGUGAACCAGAAAUACUUAGGAACACCUGAAGAAAAGAAACUGAAGAUAAUUUUAGAAGAAAUGAAGGAGAAAUUUAGCAUGAGAAAUGGACAGAGAACUCAAUCCAAGACAGAUGCAUCAUCUGGAAUGGAAUUGCAGUCAUGGUAUCCUGUUAUAAAGCAGGAAGGUGACCAUGUUUCUCAGGCCCAUUCGUUUUUACACCCCAGCUACUACUUAUACAUGUGUGAUAAAGUGGUUGCCCCAAAUGUGUCUCUUACUUCUGCUGCAUCCCAGUGUAAAGAGGUCACAAAGGCAGAGGCAUGUAAGUCCAUACCAAGACAGUCAGAAAAGCCUCACAGUAGUAGCAAACAUCAAAAACUGAUGUCUUAUCCAGAUGUCUCGCUGGAAGAACAGGAGAAACUGGACUUAAAAACAAGUAGAGAAUUAUGUAGCCGUUUUGAUCCGUCAAUCUCAAAUAAUUCUACAAGUAAAAAGAAAUCCGAGUCUGCUACUAGCAACUUAGUCAGAGACACAGGCAAGGCGGAUAUUGAUCACGAUGCUGCAGUUUCAUCUCCACUUCUUGUCAAAGAUGUCAUUUGUGAAGAUGAUAAGGGGAAAAUCAUGGAAGAAGUAAUGAGAACUUAUAUAAAGCAACAGGAGAAACUGAACUCUAUUUUGCAGAAGAAACAACAACUUCAGAUGGAAGUGGAAAUGUUGAGUAGUUCAAAAGCUAUGAAGGAACUCACUGAAGAACAACAGAAUUUACAGAAAGAGCUUGAAUCUUUGCAGAAUGAACAUGCUCAAAGAAUGGAAGAAUUUUAUGUUGAACAGAAAGACUUAGAGAAAAAAUUAGAGCAGGUAAUGAAGCAAAAAUGUGCCUGUGACUCAAAUUUAGAAAAAGAUAAAGAGGCUGAAUAUGCAGCACAGCUGGCAGAACUGAGACAAAGAUUGGACCAUGCCGAGGCUGAUAGGCAAGAACUCCAAGAUGAACUCAGACAGGAACGGGAGGCAAGGCAGAAGUUAGAGAUGAUGAUAAAAGAGCUAAAGCUGCAAAUUUUGAAAUCAUCAAAGACUGCUAAAGAAUAG